AUUUUAUAAUUAAUUGGAUGAAAAUUGUAAACAGACAGCGCGAGAGUCCAUGCCCACCACCUCGGUAGAGACGAAAGAACAUUAGCCUAUAACUGAAUGCAAGUCACCAUGGCAGCAGCAAGUGUUGUGAUUGAUGGCGCUCUUAUGGAAGGUGGAGGACAAAUUUUGAGAAUGUCAACUGCUUUCAGUUGCUUAACCAAACAACCAAUCGUAAUAAACAACAUCAGAGCCAAUAGGAGUAAACCAGGUCUACGACCACAACAUUUAAGUGGAAUGAAGCUUAUAGGGAAUUUAUGCAAUGGAAAGUUAACAGGAGCUGAAGUGGGAUCAAGCUGCAUAAGUUUCAGUCCAGGUCACAUAAGUAAAGGAUCAUAUGAGGCAGAUACUCAUACAGCUGGGAGUACCUGUUUGCUAUUACAAGUGUCUUUACCUGUGAUGUUGUUUGCUGAUGGUGCUGUUCAUGCCACUUUCAAAGGCGGGACUAAUGCAGAGUUUGCACCACAGAUCGAUUACAGUCUCAUGGUCUGUCAACCUAUUUUAGAGCGACUUGGAAUAAAAUUUGAGGUUGAUGUUAUAAAAAGGGGUUAUUUCCCUAAAGGUGGUGGGACAAUCAUAGUUUCUUGUGAGCCAGUCAAGUGCAUCAAACCAUUGAAUCUCACUAACCCAGGUCAUCUUAUUGACAUUUCUGGUCGCGCGUUUGUAGCUGGAGUGUUGCCAAUCAAGGUAAAGUUUAUUAUGUUUUAUCCGUGGAAAUUAUUCGGAAAGUUUUAUUUAUUUUCUUCACAU